CGCGCAUCCUUCCAGCUCAGCGCGUGCCGGGGCGCGGGGCGGGGUUGCGCCGGAGCUGCUCCCGCUCAGCCGCCGCCGCUCCCGCCGCCGGGAAAGGAUGCGCGGCCGCCUCUUGCCGGCCGCGGCAGGAAGACGGGGGAGACGAUGAGGGAGCCGCCCCGCCGGCUGCCGGGCCUGGGCUCGUGCCUCUUCCUCUGCGCCGUGCUCUGGCUUCUUUUUUGGCAUGUCUUUUGUAAAGACAGUCUGUCAUCGGCAGUGCAGUAUGCUUCAGGUGAUGCUUGUGCCCUGGCAAAUGAUGAGGAAAAUGUCCAGGAAAAGGGGGAAGACACUGGUCCCAGGCUGGAGUCUGAGUAUGCGGACUCAAGCACACAAAGUUACUCUGCGGAAGAGCUACUUGAUGACUUGACAAAAUCUGACCAGACUACAGACAUGAGCGAUGCAGACCAGCCUGAAGUUGAGGCUCCAUCCUCAGUAGAUUUAAAUGAAGCUUCAUCUAGCUUAGUUGCAAGCACUGAAAACAUUUCCAGUUCACCUACCUCAGAGAUACCUCCAGUCUCACAGCCCGAUGCAAUAGAAAAUUCCCGUGCUGAUAUCCCUGUAGUCAGCUCUAGUGAAGCUGAGCAGUCAGAACCUGACUGUGAUAUUGGUGGGACACUUGAGGCUGAUCCUCAGAGUGAGCCUUCCUCUUUUGUCAGUCCAACAGAAAGCCUUGCAGGUCAACAUAUAGAGAACAUAUCAUCUUCGCAUGGCAAGGGAAAGAAGACAAAAUCCGAGUUUGAGUCGAAAGUUUCAACAGCUGAAAAGGGGGCAGAUGAGCAAAAAUCUGCUCUGAAUGCCUCAGAGAACUUAAAAAGGGAGCUUGCUUUUUUGCAGAAAGACUACAAGAAAACAGGAGAAAUUGACCCUACAUCAGUGAUGACUCCAAAGGACCCCGGAGACAUUCCAACAUUUGAUGAAUGGAAGAAGAAAGUCAUGGAAGUGGAGAAGGAAAAGAGUCAGUCAAUGCACCCUUCUGCUUCUGGUGGGCAGCAUUCCACAAAAAAGGUCCAGAAGAAUAGAAAUAACUAUGCCUCUGUCGAGUGUGGUGCCAAAAUUUUGGCAGCAAAUCCAGAGGCAAAGAGCACUUCAGCUAUUUUGAUGGAAAACAUGGACCUCUAUAUGCUAAAUCCAUGCAGUACUAAAAUCUGGUUUGUUAUUGAGCUCUGUGAACCGGUUCAAGUAAAGCAGCUUGACAUUGCAAAUCAUGAAUUGUUCUCUUCUACUCCUAAAGACUUUCUGGUAUCUAUUAGUGACAGGUAUCCAACAAACAAGUGGAUUAAACUCGGUACUUUCCAUGCCAGAGAUGAGAGAAACGUCCAGAGCUUUCCUCUGGAUGAACAGAUGUAUGCAAAAUAUGUUAAGAUGUUCAUCAAGUACAUAAAGGUGGAGUUGAUAUCGCACUUUGGAUCAGAACAUUUUUGUCCUUUAAGUCUUAUAAGAGUAUUUGGUACUAGCAUGGUUGAAGAGUACGAAGAAAUAGCUGAUUCUCAGUACCAGUCAGAACGACAAGAACUCUUUGAUGAAGACUAUGAUUAUCUACUGGAUUACAAUACAGGGGAAGAAAAACCUUCAAAAAAUCUCCUUGGUUCUGCUACAAAUGCAAUCCUAAGCAUGGUGAAUAUUGCUGCUAAUAUGCUCGGAGCCAAAACUGAAGAGUCAUCUGGAGCUGAAGCGGGGAACAAAAGUGUGUCUGAAAAUGUCACUGCCACCCCUGCAACUUCAACAGCUGCACCCAGACUGCCUGAACCAACUCCUGCUCCUUCACCUGAACUUGUUACAACAGAUAUUCCACAGAUCGAUAAUGAGCAGUCAGCUGUGGAUUUGACAGAAGAAAGUCCCAUUGUUCAGCUCGUACAAGAGUAUGAAGAAGAUACAAGCCAGUCAACAGUAACCUUGCUUCCCAGUGAUGAUCAGGAAGAAGAAGCAUCGACAUGGUUUGAACUUGAGACAGAAAAAUACUGCUACAACAUGGCAACAGCAUGUUGUAUUUCCACCUUUUCAGAGUAUCUGUUUAAAUGGUGUUCAGUUGUAGUAGCCAUGCAUCGGCAGCGUAGUAAGACCGAAGGUAAACAAGGGCAACAUUACUCUGCUGAUGUUCAGCAGCCUCAGGCAAUUCUGACAGAAUCUAUACAUACGUCAAUAGAUGAACCUCUACCUGAGAAAUUAGAUAGCAAAGUUGAUAGAUCAUCUGGAUCUCCUGUUGCAGUUGACUUCAGCAGUGCGGUACAUGAGGAGAUCAGUAAUGAGACCACAGAUUCAAUUGAACUGGAACCGAGCCAUCCUCAAACUGUCUCUCAAUCCCUUCUCUUAGAAGUUACUUCUGAAGUUAAGGCAUUGCCAGCAACAGACACAGUGUUGAAGCCUGCAAACGAAGAUGCAGGCCCGGUAGCACCAAGGGUGACUCCCCAGCUCGAUACAACUGAGAUCAGUGCAGAAAUGGAAAAGGCUGAGAGCUCUACUGCAGAAGAAAACCCAGUAGCUUCUGAGACCAGUGUGGCCACAGAGGUAAAGGAGAUAAGCACAAGAGACACUAUUGCUACAUUGGUGAUUUUAAAGCCCACAGAGACUGUUCUGCAGCCUGAACAUACAGGGGGCAUGUUAGCCAGUGAUGCUGGGGAAGGAAAGGAAAGCACUCCAGAAGUGCAGAAACCCAUUUUGCCUCCUGUUGAGUCUUCUGUGUUUGCCGAAACAAAGGAGGAUGAUCUGGCAACUGAAGAAGCUUUAAUGGCAAUUCCAGUCUCUGGGGGACCACAGCGAACAGCAACGGACUUCUAUGCUGAACUGCAGAAUUCCACAGAUCUGGGCUAUGCUAAUGGAAAUCUUGUUCACGGAUCUAAUCAAAAGGAGUCUGUUUUCAUGCGUCUUAAUAACCGCAUAAAAGCCCUAGAAGUAAACAUGUCUCUCAGCAGCCGUUAUUUAGAAGAACUUAGUCAGAGGUACCGAAAGCAAAUGGAAGAAAUGCAGAAGGCUUUCAAUAAGACAAUAAUAAAACUUCAGAAUACCUCAAGAAUAGCAGAAGAGCAGGAUCAACGGCAAACAGAAGCAAUCCAGCUGUUACAAGCACAACUCACCAACUUGACGGAGCUAGCUUCCAAUCUGUCAACAGUUGUGGCGGAAUUAAAAUGUGAGGUUGCUGAACGGCAGACCUACCUUGUGAUUGCUCUGAUUCUCUGUGUCAUUCUGGGCUUGGUGCUUUGUGUGCAGCGGUGCAGAGGCACUUCUCAGUUCUGUGAAGAUUACCUCUCAAAAAUUCCCAAAAGUAAUCACUACCCAAGCCCCAAAAGAUGUUUUUCCUCCUAUGAUGAUAUGAAUUUGAAAAGAAGAACUUCCCUUCCACUGGUCAGAUCACAGUCCUUUCAUCUAGCUGGUAAAGAAGCGGAUCCAGGGGACCUGUAUAUCGUCGAACCCCUGAAGUUUUCCCCAGAGAAGAAGAAAAAACGUUGUAAAUACAAAAAUGAAAAAACUGAGUCUGUUAAGUCAACAACAGAGCCUCUGCAUCCAGUAGCCAAUGGGGAAAUAAAAGGAAGGAAGCCGUUUACAAACCAGAGGGACUUCUCUAACAUUGGGGAAGUUUAUCACUCUUCGUAUAAGGGUCCUCCAUCCGAAGGAAGCUCCGAAACAUCAUCGCAGUCUGAAGAGUCUUAUUUUUGUGGCAUUUCAGCAUGUACGAGUCUGUGCAAUGGACAGACCCAAAAGACAAAAACUGAUAAGAGGGGUAUAAAACGAAGACGGUCUAAAGUUUCAGACCAAGGGAAGCUCAUAAAAACUCUAAUACAGACUAAGUCAGGGUCAAUGCCAAGCCUGCAUGACAUAAUCAAAGGAAACAAAGAUAUAACAGUGGGAACACUUGGUGUCACGGCAGUUUCUGGACACAUCUAAAACUAGCUGAACUUCUCAAACAGGAGAGUGUUUGUUCAUUUGAGAACAAUCUGUGGUAUUCUGUGGGAGGACAGUGGGAGACGAAGAGCUCAACUAAUUGGAAAGUAUUCAGAAAUUUGGUUUCUGCCUUUUAAAAUAGAUGGGAUUGUGUCAAUCUUGGCUAUAAGCUGCAGCUUUACAAGGCUGAUAAUUUCCUAUGAGAACAGCUUGGGGGAGGGAGGGCAGGGUUCGUUUUAUAAAGGUUUUUUUUCACAGUUCCUGGGACAGAUUUUUCAAAACCCAGUUUGUUGGGUGGAAUAGGGAUAAAAGCCUAAUCCUCUUCCUUUAGCUUUGUUCCUAUUUCUUGCACCUUCCCAUAUUUAUGUGCCUUUUGUCUAUUUAUAAUGCCACUGGAAGAGGGGAGAUACAGUUGUUUGUCAUUUGAUUUAUUUUGUAAUUUCUCUAGCUUUUUUUGAAGAUGCAACACUACAGUGCUGUAAAGGGACAUGUGUUGGCCUUCAGCUGGACUCAGUAAUGUGGACUGGAUACUGUAAAAAUGCUAAUAGAUGGACUUGCCUGACUAGAUUCUGGAUUUGAGGAAAUACCUCAUUAGGGAUGGUGAUUCUAUUUAUUGCCACCUUCAGUUACAAAUCGGAGCUGGAGUCUGAGGAAUGAAUGACAGUGGCACUUUAGGAUUUCCUGUCUGUGAUGGGAUCUUAGGCUGAUGAAUGCGUUUCUUCUCUAAGCUGCCUGCUGUAGUUCUCUGAAGGAAGUGGGUUGGGAACACUUGCUGUUUGUGCUGAAGGUUCAGGAAAAAUCUCAGCCUGGGAAUGGAAGUGUGAGCUGGGCUGUUCUCUGAGCCAGCUCUGGAUAUGUUGAGAUUGCAAAGCCUUGAAAAGCCUUGAAAGUCUGAGCAGUCAGGCUGGUUCAACGUGGGUGUUUCCAUAAUGUUUGCUUUUGUAUUGGCUAACAAAUGUGCAGUGUUUGUAUGGCUGUUAUUUUCAUAUCCAAGUGUUUUUAUUUUGACUGUGAUUGUAUAUUUGGAUACUAUAGGAUGUGUGAUUGCUAAAAUGUUGAGUGUGUAUCUGAGUGAGUGGAACAAAAGGUUAUUCCUUUUGACAGUUGUUACAGGUUCACGUUGGAAAAAAUAAGUUAACUUAUUGAGCACUUUUAGUGGUACCCUUUAACAGAUCUAAUGCCUUUCUUGGGUAUUGUAUGUAAUGUGACUUAUUUAAAGCCUUUGUUUUUUUGCUGCUUUCUUGUUAGUUUAUGAAUUCUUUAUGAUGAUGUACUUUUGGAGUUGAUCUGCACAAUUAGCCAGUCAGAGCAGAUGAGCUGGACGUGUCGAACAUGAAUUCAGAAGGGUUUCGAACUUGGAUGAGGAAAAUCACAUACCAUCUGAGUGCAGCAUACACUGUUGUGGAACAAGAGUAUGUAACUGCAGAGCUGUAGUGCCAUUAGAAACUGUGAAUUUCCAAAUAAAUCUGAACACUUUGUCUUUAAUUUACUGGCAUUUUUCCUUCAAAAAUGAAACUUGUGACUUAAAUUCUUUGAGAAGCAGAAGUAUUUAAGUUUCAGUCCAGGACUAGGAUUGGUGUCUUUUGGGCCAAAGCAAGGAGUUCAUAAACUUAUUUGUCAGCCUGGAUGUGUUUGCCUAUUUAAAAAAAUGAGAAGUGGGUGGAGGAGAGAAACUGAAGGCUGAGUGGUGCUUCGUCUGAAAAUCCAGGAACCGUGGCUUUGUAAAACUGCUAGAAAAGCUUCUAGUAUCAUUUCGUGUCUUGCUAAGGGUGUAUUCCAUCUCACGUUUGCAGAUACACCAAGCUGAGUGGUGCAGUUGUCACACCAGAAGGACAGGAUGUCAUCCAGAGGGACCUAGACAAGCUGGAGAAGUGGGCCUGUGUGUGAUCCUCAUGAGGUUCAACAAGGCCAAGUGCAAAGUCCUAGAGCUGGGUUGGGGCAAUCCCCAGUUUCAAUACAGGAUGUGGGGCGAUGUGGUUGAGAGUAGCCCUGUGGAGAAGGACUUGGGGGUGCUGGUUGACAAGAAGCUCAACGUGAGCUGGCAGUGUGCACUCGCAGCCCAGAAGGCCAAUCAUAUCCUGUGCUGCACCAAAAGAACCGUGGCCAGCAGGUCGAAGGAGGCGAUUCUCCCCCUCUGCUCCACUCUCAUGAGACUUCACCUGGAGUCCUGUGUCCAGUACUGGAAUCCCCAGCACGAGGAUAUGGAACUGCUGGAAUGGGUCCAGAGGAGAACUACGAAGAUGAUCAAAGGGCUAGAACACCUCUGCUAUCAGGAAAGGCUGAGAGAGUUGGGCUUGUUCAGCCUGGAGAAGGCUCUGGGGAGAACUUGGAGCAGUCUUCAAGUACCUGGAAGGGGCCUAGAGGAAAACUGGGGAGAGACUUUUUACUAACGGUGUGUAGUGAUAGGACAAGGGGGAAUGGCUUUAAAUUGGAAGGGGGAAGAUUUAGAUUAGACAUGAGGAAGAAAUUCUUCGUGAUGAGGGUGGUGAGACACUGGCCCAGGUUGCCCAGAGAAGUCGUGGCUGCCCCAUUCCUGGAGGUGUUCCAAAGCCAGGCUGGAUGGGGCUUCGAGCAGCCUCAUCUGGUGGGAGGUGUCCCUCCCCAUGGCAGAGGAGUUGGAACUGGAUGGGCUUUGAGGUCCCUUCCACCCCAAAACAUUCUAUGACCUGGGGAUCCUUGGAACUGAUAGUCUGUGAGAAUGACUGCAUAAAAUUGCCUCUUAUACUUAGAGCUGAGGUCUGUUGAGGCUAUAAAAAGCCAUUUAAAACAUUGGAUAGUAAUUUAUCAUUCCAGAGUUUUCAGCUUGAGGUUUGCCCCUGACUGGUCCCUUCCUCCUAAUUUCUUUCUAGCAAGUGCAGCAGCACAGUGUUCAGCCAAAUACCAAAUUUCCUGGCUCUCCAGCAUCCACCGUCCACUUUGCUUGUCAAAUGAGACCUCCCUGAAGCUGAUUUGUUGCUUGAAUGUCUCAAGGCUCUCCACUUCAUCAUAGUGCUAUGAUUUAAAAAGCAAUUGAGUGUGGGAUUUGCUGGAGGGGUGGGAAUUUUUUUGUGUGGGAUUUUUAAUUUACUGGCCUUCCUCUUGAUACAUUGCUCCUAGGGAGUGUGCUUUCCUUCACUGCCCUAGCAAUCACAGAUCAUUAAUAAGAAUCAGCUGAAGUUGGAUGUGACGUUCUCAAAACACCCCUUCUUCAUUCUCUGGCUAUAAACCAAAGGCUGACAGAUCUAGAGUGUGCCGAUAGGUAUAGAAUGAGGCCAAGUGGGUCAUGAUGCAAUAUGCAGGCAACAAAUUGGUCCCUAACAGGGAGUUUUAUUUUUGUUUCAUCCUAGCUGGCCUGUGAGCAUUGGAUGAAAGCAAAUUUGGUUGUGAAACUCAAGUUAAACCAAAGAUAGUGGUGGUAAUACACAUUUAUCAACUGUACAGUGUGAGAAUAAAGCUCUGGGGCAAAGAGGGUUGCCUUUCCUCAAAGCAACGAUUGUAUGGAUGCCCCAAAACUUUCUUCUUCAUCCUUUUCUGUUUUGCUGUAAUGGAGAAUUUCUUACUUUGUCCUGCGUACGUUUGUUUUCAAGACUGGAUUAUCUCACAGCACUGGUGAGCAGUCUUUGAUGAUCACUAGGAAAUUACAGUUGAGGACUUAGCAGAACUCCUCAGUGCUUUCUCAUGAAAGAAGAGUGAACUGUGUUUGUUUGAAAGUGUUUAUGUAUACUUCCCUGCUCUCUUAGGAAGGUGAUACCAACAUUUGAUUUGGCCUUGGGCCAAAAUGCCUUUUUGUUGGUGUUCUUCUGCUGAUACAAUCUGUUUUAUACCCAAGAUGUUGGUGAGUUUGCGUAGGUUGGGCAUGUUUAAAUUCCAAGAACAUGUUUAAAUUCCAAGAACGUGUUCAAAUUUCCAAGUAACAAUUGAAACUAAAUGCCUCCUAGAACGUUUUUUUAAUUCCCUGCUCUCUAUAUAUAGCUUAAAAAUUGGGCAUGAGUUACAUCUAAGGAAUUGCUGCAUUCUGUGGAAAAAUGUCAGUGCUAAAGCUUGUCAAGUAAUGAACACGUAGGAAACAUGCCAUGGGAAUAGCAUACAUCCUAAAUGGACAGAGCAGAGCUCUGGGGUGGGAAUAUGGCCUGAGGCCCUGUGGCUUCCAGCUCAUUCUGGAGAAGUGGCAGAUGCCUUAAGUGUUAGAUAACACUGGGCCAGAAACUCUUAUCACUCAGAUUCCCAUGUUUCAAGGCUGUUCUGAGAAUGCCUCACAGCAUUCCCACUUCUGAAAUUGUACCCUGAAAUCAAAGUAAAGAAUAAGUGAUUUAAUGAGUGGUGUAGGUUCACUCUCCUGAAAGCUGCUUGUUCCUCUAGGCUCUGAGUCAACAGGAGCUUGUGUGAAUUCAGCGCGAUGGAGCAAAGGCAUCAUGUGCAGCAUAGGCUUCUCUAGGAUUUGAAGUAUUUGGCCAACAGACACUUGAGUCAUAUGGUGAAAUAUGUCAGCCUGGUGGUUUUGUGCUGAUGAGUAGGGAUGGCUGUUAGCUGUGAGUAAAGCACAUCUAUCGGAGUCGCUGCUGGUGCAUAUAAGCCAGGGAGCGCCUCCCAUAUUCUCCCAGGUACGUUCUCUAACCAUUUCAAUUAUGCUCAGGUCUAAACUUUCCCAUCAAUGCACAGGUUAUGCUUCAGCAGCUGGAGCAGCUGGCAUUCGAAGGAACCAACAGAACUGCUUGUGUUAUUGCAGACUUGAGGGGAUUUGUUCUGGCUGUAGGCUGGAGAUUGAACUGCAUUUUCUGCCUGCUGCUGCCUUGCUGCUUCUAGUUAUUUGUAGACAGUUUUUAAAAAAAGGCUCUUGAUGUCAAGUUCUUAUUGCUUAAUGUUAUCCUUUAAUGUGGGCUCUUGAGUCACGUUUUUACUUCCAGUUUCAUUAAUCUCACACUGGCUCUAGCUUUCAAUACUUGAUUCUUUGGUGAAACCAAGUCCUUCUUAAAUUGGUCCUAAUCUUUGCAGAGAAAUACUAGUUUCCAAUGAAGACAGCUUAUAAAUCUUGACAAAUUCCUGUGGUGGCGUGGAUACUUAAAGGGAGAGCCUGCUCCAUCUUUUGAUAUUGCAUAAUCAGGUUGGACAGCUGUAGAUGCAAUAUACCACCAAGAAGCCAGCAUGUGUAUGCAGCAGUGAGGACUGCAUCCCUGCUGUCCUUGGGCCGGCCGGGAGCCCAAGCAGCAUGAAGGCUUCCGCGGGAAGACAGAUAGUCACAAACAUACACAUUGUCUGAGUGUAUGUACCAGCCAUGUUUGCCACACUAAGAUAUUCAGGUUAUACACAUUCAGCAUCAGAGUGGAAAUAUAAUGUUUUUAAAGUAUGCAAACUCUACCGGCUAUGUGGUAUUGGUAAGCAGAGAACUCUAAUACACGGUGUCUGUGUGUGGCUUCUGCUUUUGCCAUGUUAUUGUGAGAUGAAACAAGAUGGAACAGCUUAGCAUGCUCCACUUAAUCAGGCAGAAACAUGUUCCACUUCACUUGGAACAAUUAAAGUGUAGAGUCCUGACCACAAAGUGCUGUGGGUAGGCCACCAGGCAGCAUGUCUCAUCUCCUGGAAACCCUGAGUGUCACAUAGCGUCAGGUACUGCUGAAGAGGCUGCUGGGGUUUGUAACAGCUCGACAACAACUGGUGUUCCCAGAGAUCGGUUAGAUAAAACGUGUUCGCUUAGCAAAGGACAGCAAAACUCAUGAAACUCUCUUGCCUAUCCCUUCUCUAAUUUAAGAAUAGCAAUGUUAAAAGAAGGUACCACGGAGCUUUCUUCUGCCAUACUGCCGUGUCUCAUAUUGGACACAGCCUGGGAGCCACACUGCCCUUCCUGCCUGUGCUGCUUGUCAUUAGUUGCUAAUGAAGUCACAGAGUAGAGAUAUGGCUCUUAGUAGGGAAUGGAGACGAAGUUAACUCUGCACUUUAUUAAACUAGAAAUGGAACUGUUUCCCACCUCGAGGCUUGUUUUUCCUCUGUUAGCUGUGGUGGCUGGAGCCUGCAUCCCGCUGCUGGGCCCACUGUCAACUCAAACCAAACAAGAAUCCACGUCUGUGACUUUUUCCUUUUUUUUCCCAGAAAAAUAACUGGAAGCAGCUAAUUAAUAUCUUCUGUUAGUGUGACAUGGUUACUGCUGGCAUGUCAAGGCUGUGUACCUUGCCCUGAAACCACCUAUAGCUGCAAGCUAGAUCCCAAGGCAGUCAGCUGAAGGCUCCUCAGGGUCUGGGGAGGUCAGCUGAGGCGGGUGCUUGUGGUGUAAUGGGUGAGCACAGCUGGGGUUGGGCUUUCCGGGUGCCAAAGUGAUGCCAAGGGCCUGAAUUCGCUCAGCGGCGGAGCUGAGGUGUGAUCCUGGUGGAACUCGGGAUCUCAAGGCACAUCUGGGGUUGUCAUUUUUUUUUUUUUGGUUGGUUUUGAUCUUGUUCUUUUAUCGGCUGAGAACGGAUGCUUCCAAGAAGGAAGAUAAUUGUCAAAUAGUGACUAGGCUACACAAGUCAGCAAACCCAGCAGGCGUUUUGCAGGGCCAAGGCUGAAUAUGUGCUGGCAGCCUGGGCAAGAUGUGGAUCCUGCUGAGGGGCUUAUGGAUGCAAUUCUUAGCCUUCACAGGGGAGGAUGGGAAGUCAACAUCUGCACCUUCACUGUGGGCUUCCUCACAGCCUCUGGGUGGCCACACCACUUUGUUCCGUUGUCCCCCAUGACUAAGCUGUUGUAUGUCAAGAAAUGACAUGCUUCUCUUUUUCUCAGAUGUUCAAGCAAUAGAUCCCAUUACCUCAUAACCACUACACCUUAUCUCCUUGCUUUUGUUACAGGCACA